GAUUAUCCGGAUAUCCAUGGACGUAGUAGAUGGCGGAGGUGGUGGUUCUUCGGCAAGUGCGGCAGACCGCGGACUGGGACUGCGGCCUCGCAUGUAUCGAGAUGAUGAUGCGAUGGAUGCACCAGUUGUACCCACAUGUCUUCCACAUCAUCAACGCCAACCAUCUCCACGCACAACUGCGCAAGGCCAUGCCGUUUCGAAGCGUGUGGACGAUCGACCUCGUUGCGUACCUGUGGGCUUGGAUUGUCCGAGCUAACCAACCUGCACACAUGAAGGUAGAGGUUUGGUUUGCAUCAACGUCGAUGCAAGUGAACCCCGUGCAUGCGUCGCAUCCGUACUACAGUGCCGACUACGCCGCGGACGUCGCUAGGGUCGCUCCGCUGUACUCAUCGUGGCGCGAUCGGUCGUUUCAAGGACAGGUUUCGACGGCGGAGUUGAAGCGGCGGAUGCGCAUGCCAACCGCGGUGCUUCUUGUGUUGGUCGACGCCAGUCACCUCGAGUGUUGCGUAUGGAAUGAUACUACCACCUUGCAGUUAACCGAUCGUCCAUCUUUCCAAGGUCAUUUCAUUCUUGUUACUGCUAUCACGGACGACAAAGGUAAUAUUGUCGUUUUUGCCAAUAUUUUUGGACUUUUGUGCUGAUUCACCAAAUCUACUCAAUAUCUUUGUAGUACUACUGAUCUUUGGAUGGAAAACUCGUCACACUAAUUGAAGUCACACACCAAUUCGGUGGUGAAUCGAACAGUGUAUUUGAUUGGCCAGUUGGUCUGGUUUUGAUUGGUCAAUAAAUCGAUUGUCUGCCUAUUUGGUGAUUCUUCUGCUCAUGUUACUCCAACAAUUUCGAAUCGACUUAUAGGGUGGUUCUAACAGUUAACAGUGAGCGAUAUAGAUUGAGUAGUAGGCUAACUUACUACUAUAAUAGUUAGUGUAUAUAGUAAGUACGUAAUACAUGCGUUCUAACAAUGUUAUGGGCGCUAGUGUAUUACGUGGACCCUGCCAGUGCCCUUCAUGAGGUUUGUGUCGCAGAUGUAGCGACGUUUGACCGAGCUAGAACCCAUCCCAGCACCGACCACGACCUGUGUCUACUAUCGAUUCAAAGAUUUUAAUCAUAAGAUUAAUAGUAUUAUUUCUCCAUUAACAGCUAAUCCAAAAGAAUCCCGUG